CACACCGUACUGCUUUCCAAUUUUAAAAGUUGAAGUCAAGUCAACUUUUUUCCGCGGAAUUCAUACCGUUUCACUUUUUAGCCAAUUAAAUUAUACCACAAAAAUUGACUCCUGGGUAGUAGCAAGAUGGCGUAUAAUACUGAAUUGAUGCUCACAAAAUUAUUAAGUUUUCAGAGAAGCAAUCCGCAUGUCAAUUAUUAUGGUAGCCAAAUAUUUACUGGAUCUGAAGAAUCCACGUAUAUAUUGGAUCAAGAUAUAAUGCAGAAGACGACGGCGACUGAAGAUGUUUCCAAGGAGCAGCAACUGCUUAGCCAAACCAGUGAUAAUACGAUAGACAAUUUUGGACAUAACGAAGAGAGCGAGUACUCUUUACAAAGUCAGAAUCACUUCAGUAGUAAUUUGAUUGAUGAAGUGAGGAAUUAUCCUUGCCUAUGGGAUUUGAAGUCCAAAGGGUUCAAGAACAGUGUUAUGAAGAAACAAGCAUGGUUAAAAAUUUCAGAGCAACUCCAUGUGCAAGCAAUUGAAGCAGAAAAUGAGUUCAAAAGGUUAAGAGAAAAUUUCGAAAGCAGUUCCAAUGAAAUAGCAAUUGCUGCACCUGGAAUGAGAAAUCCAUCACCCAAGCCCAAACCAUCCUCAGAAAUCAUAGCAGCCUCAGAAAACUUGAAAAGAAAAGAAGAUGAUGACCCUUUGAAUGCAGCUCUUACUGCAGCAAUAGUCAAAGACAUUAAUAAAUCUGGUGAAGACACAAAUGAUUCUGAUUUACUUUUGUAA